UUUCCCCUCCCUCCCCUCCCUCCCCUUCCGCAGCGAUGGCGGCGGCGGGGCUGGCGGGCCUGGGCCCCGGCGAGGCCGCGGCGGCCGCUCAGGCACUGGCGCUGCCCGCGGAGGCCUUCGGCAACGACCCCCGCGUGGAGCUGGCCUGGGCCAUGAAGGCUCAUCAGCACGCCCAGGUCUACUUCAACCUCAUCUCCUCCGUGGACCCCAAAUUCCUGAACCUGACCAAGGUGGACGAUCAGAUCUACGAGGAAUUCCGGAAAACCUUCCAGGACCUGCGCGUCGACGUCCUGGACCCCGAGGAGCUCAAAUCCGAGCCGGCCAAGGCGAAGUGGCGCCCGUUCUGCCUGCGCUUCGAGGGCGUGGUGGAGGAUUUCAACUACGGGACGCUGCUGCGCCUGGAUUCCCGCCGGGAGUACUCGGAGGAGAACUCCAUCUUCGCCACCAGGAUCCAGUUUUUUGCCAUCGAGAUCGCACGGAACAGGGAGGGCUGCAAUGACGACGUUUACAGCAGGGCCAGGGAGCCGCGGGCCCAGGAGGAAAAAUCGGGAUGAGGACUGGGAAUUUGGGGAGGGAUGAGGGCGGGGCAGGAGCCCCCGGACUCGAUUUGAGGGGAGCAGGAACCCCCAGAGCGUUCCCAGCCUUUGGGAGAGCUCUGGAAGGACGGAGGGGCCGGAGCUGCCUGGGCUCCUCCUGCAGCUGUAAAUAAACAUUUGAAAAUCCCAA